UGAUACUUAUUUCUUAGCACUCAAGAAUUCACUAGAACUCAUCAAAGAUCCAUCUUUUAGUUUCUUUCAAUCCACUGUUUUUUCCACCAAACCCACUUCAAAAUGCACACUUCAAACCCACCUUCUUCCUCCGCCGCCACCGUCGACUCCGAGCCGUUCCUCCUCCGUAGCCGCCGCUUCCUCCGCAGCGCGCCGCCUCCUCCUCUCCGCACCGCCGCAAGGUACUUCCGGCAGGCUAGCGGGCGGCGGAUGAUGCUGCGGGAGCCGUCGGUCCGUGUCCGGGAGGCGGCGGCUGAGGAGGUGGAGGAGCGGCAGAGCGAGUGGGCGUACUCGAAGCCGGUGGUGGCGCUGGACCUGGCGUGGAACUUGGUGUUCCUUGCUAUUGGGGCCACCGUGCUGGGUGUGAGCACCAAGGAGGAGCCAUGCGUGCCCCUCAGGGUGUGGAUUGUUGGGUACUUGUUGCAGGGUCUGCUUCACUCUGUGUGUGUUGUCUUUGAAUUCAGAAGAAAAAGAAGAAGGGAAUUAGGGGCUUCUUCUUCUUUUUCUUCUUCAUCUGGUUUGGAGCAUGAUAGAAGAUGGGAGAGUGCUGCUAUUCAAUGGAGUUAUAGUUCUGAGAGUGAUGGUUCUUCAGAGCAGCUUCUCCAGACUGAGGAAAACAGCAUCACGAAACACAUUGAGUCUGCAAAUACCAUGCUUUCAUUCAUAUGGUGGAUUCUUGGGUUCUACUGGGUUACUGCUGGUGGCCAGAGUUUGACAAGGGAUUCACCUCAGCUUUACUGGCUCUGUAUUACGUUUCUUGCUUUCGAUGUUGUGAUUGUACUGAUCUGUGCUGCUGUUGCAUGUUUUAUUGGCAUUGCCGUCUGCUGUUGUCUACCGUGCAUACUUGCUCUUUUGUAUGCGAUGGCGGAUCAAGAAGGGGCAACCGAGGAAGAAAUCGACCAGUUGCCAAAAUAUAAGUUCAGAAUGAUAAAGGAAUUUAAGAAAGAAGGCGAUAUCCAAGAAUCUUCCAGUGGAGUAAUGACAAAAUGUGACAGUGAUACAGCUGCUGAGCAUGUUAUUGCCUUAGAAGAUGCAGAAUGCUGUAUCUGCCUUUCUGCCUAUGAUGACGGUGUUGAACUCAGACAACUUCCUUGCAACCACCAUUUUCAUCGCACAUGCAUUGACAAAUGGCUGCUAAUCAAUGCUACAUGCCCUCUCUGCAAAUUCAACAUUUUGGAGACUGGAAACCUCCAUCAAGAAGUUUGAACUCGUUACUUGUUGCAUUGAUUAGAAGAGCACAAUCCUUUUCACAGCAACAACUCACUCUGUUGCAAGCAGCACUAGAUUGGCAUCAUCCUUUUUUUCUGUGAUCAGCAGUGUUUAUUUCUCACCUAACCAUAUUGGGAACAGUUUGUUUCCAUGAAUAUACAUACAUAAAGAAUAUGAGUCAUCUCAGUUUAGCUCAUAACAUGACCAUAUAUACACAAUAUCCUAUUUUAGGGAUCAGGUUUCUUGCAUAAGUCCCACCUAUUGUGUACAACUGUAUAUCUCUUAAAGUGUGACAAUGUCAUGUAGCUAGAGUGAAAAUAUCCCAAUCCGUGUACAAAUAUUGUUAUUGUAAUCAUUUUACUAUUGCGAAAUGUGAGUGCCAUAUUCAAAUCGA